AUGACGGAACCUCAGCAAACGUCCUCUUCCUCCCCAGCUCUCCCUCCCUUGCCGAGUUCAUUUGUCUCUUUUGAUCCUUCGGAAGGAAUUGAUAAACAAGAGGCUAAUGAUGCUAGAGAUCAAAGUGUCGAUUCAGUUGAUGACGGGCUGACUUUACACCAUAAUUCACAGUCUGGAAUUGAUGGAGGUUUCAGAGGUAGCUGGCGAGGACCUAGAGGUCGCGGUAACAACAGAGGCCAGCGUGGAGGCUAUGGUCGGCGAGGGGGUUAUGACCAGCGUGGAGGAGGCUAUGGGCAGCGCGGACGAGCGGUUUAUUACCAACAAGACAGAACGGAUAUGUCAAAGAGACGCAAAAUAACAGAUGACGUACAAUCCCAGUCAGAAACGUCUGCUAGUGCAGCAGGGAAGUCACGGCAUUCUGAAGAGAACAUUGAUCCUAAACUUUACUACAAAAAAUCAAUGCUCGAAGAUCCUUGGGCUAAACUUUUAAUGGACCAAUCUACGUAA